CAACACUACUAUAUAACAAAUAAUUUGAGGCAUGAAAGAAUGGAAAACAAAACUUUUACUCCUCUUUGUACUGUCUUGGAGCUAGUUCAGCGAUAAAUUUAUCAGCUCACAGUAGAGAAGUUCUAGAAAGCGCAGCUGCUACAUUCACUGUAAAAUGUGAAAUCAGUAGUUUGACUGCAGAGGUGACCACCGUCGUGUGGAAAUUGGAUAGUACAAUCUUGACCGAUGACAACACCUACACACCAGAUUUGGGAGCAGCUUCGUACAUUAGUGGAGAUGGAACAGAUGGAACACAAACAACCACCUUGAAGGUGGCAGGUUCUGAUACUACAAGGGAUGACAUGCAGUUUACUUGUGUAGUUACUGAUCCUGCUGAUAGCACUGGCGCUACAACCAAGGAGGAAUAUCCUGAACUUAGAUUUUACACUAUAACUCCACACGAUAGAAGUAUUACAACUGGUGUAGAACAGACGAUAUCAUGUGACAUAGCCGGGCUUGAAAAUAGAGCCGAAGUUAAGUGGAUAGAUCAUAACGGUGAUGAUGUUCCCACUGAUGACACUUCUAAUUAUAUUGUCGAUGAUGGGACAGCUACAUUUUUAAAUGGAGCACAGACACCAAUACUAACUAUAAAGACAACUAUCUUGUCGACGCUCAGCUCUGCUACAACAUACAAAUGCUCAGUGACGUCAAGAUAUUACCCUGGAUCCCCAGUAUACGAAAAGAGCGUUGUAGUUACUCCCAUCGUGGUCACCGCUGGGAACAAAGAAGUACUCAGAGGAAAGGACGCAGUAGAGAUAUCUUGCAAAGUGACCGGUUUAACUGCAGCAUUGCAGACUGUAAAAUGGCAGAAAUCUGAUGGUACGGACGUAACGACUGGUGAGACCGGUUAUACCUCUAACGAAGGUUCACUUGUUGGAGAUUCUCAAACUACCACUCUGACUGUUGCUAGUGCACAGAACACCGCUGAUUCAACUUACAACUGUCUGAUCACACCUGCAGCCCGAGAUGAUGCGACAGAAGUUUCAACGUCCGUAACCUUGAAUACCUUCACCGUCGGUCCAGAUACUCCUAAAAAAGCCACCACCGCUGUGGCUCAGACAUUGACUUGUGAAAUCGGAGAUGUGGUUACAGAUGUCACUGUGUCGUGGAAGGAUAAUUCUGGGGCUGCUAUAACAAGUGGUAGUGGAGGGUACACCAUCGCACAGGGAACAGCUGUCUCUGGUACCAAAAUUCAGACAUCAACUCUGACCAUUGAUGUUACCACUCUUACAAGUGUAGCUGCAGCUGCGGGUGUGAAUCCCGUGACAUACCAAUGUGCUGCGGAAUCUAAAGAAUAUCCAGAUUCAGCAACAUCUACUUUCAAAGACAUUGUUGUCGACUUCCUUACUUUCGGAUCCAGUGAAUUUAGUUGA